AUGACAAAGGCUCGGGGCGCGACACGAUGCUCGCCCCUGAAGGACGCGCAGAGGAGUUCAUCCCACUCCGCCAGACUGUUCGGUGCCUUCAGCCUGACCCUGUUGGCAUCGGUUGGCUACGUGGCACUGGUGAGGUUCGGUGGGGUUUCCCCCUCCCUGGCCAUCGGCAUGAGCCAGGGAGGACAGGGCGGCCCCCUCCCCCGCGGCCUAGGGGAGGUGUCCUUCACCUCCCUGAAGAACGUACCUGCCGUCUCCUGGCAGGGCGUAGCCUGGGAGGUCGUCAGCCUCCCCGCCGAGCUCCGCCCCUUCCUCAACGUGGACCUCUUCCCCGACCCGCCCGCCCCCGUCGCCUCCUGGGCCUUUGACCGCCUGCUGCGCCUGCGCGGGCCUGGCCUGGCCAUCGGCGUGCACCUGGAUCGCCAGGUGCUGCAGCGUGGGAAGGACGAGCCCCCCCCCGCCCCAUGCAACCCGGGCCAGCUGGCCUGGGUGGCGGGCACCCUGCGAGGGGGCCCCUGCCCGGCGGUGCUCCUGCACAACUGCGCGGAGGCGGCGUGGGCGGCGGGGCAGAGGAGCUCGCGCGCGGAGCUGGUGCUGGCCGAGGAGGCCGCGGCUCGCGAGGAGGACAGCGUGUCAGCCUCGCAGGACGUCGGCGUGGGGAUCGUACUGGACUGGCUGGCCACCUCGGACGUCGUCGCCGACUACCUCUUCAUCAGCUUUGACAUGCAGAGGCAUGUCCCUGGCGACCCCAUCGCGUUCAUGCGGGCGCAGCCAGGGAGGGACCUGUUCCUGGCCUCUGGCGCGCCAGACGAGCUGUUUGGGGCCAGGUACCGGAUGUGCUUUGGCGGGGAGCAGCCCCCCAUGCUGCCCCAGGGCCUCAACCGCCCGGAGCUGUCGCUGGCCUACAUUGGUGGCCGGACGCACGCCGUCGUCCGCGUGCUGCAGCGCAUCCGGGCCGUGCUGGAGACGCUGGACCGCCCGACCGCACUGCACAGCAAGCUGGACUGCACCGGGCCCGCACUGCUCUGGGUGGCCAACCUCACGCUCACCGGCUGA